GAGGCGAGCGAAGAAGCGUGCGCGCACCGCUACUGGCUCCGCGUCCGCUCUCCAAAUCUCGUCUUUUCUCCUCCGACCUCCUCCUCUUCUUCCUCCACCCUCCUCCUCCUCCUUCUCCCCCCCCCGCCUCAACGCUUCUCCCGGACCCGAGCUAUGCGCACUGGACCGCGGCUGUCCAACGCGCCGACCACCGCUCCCUCCACCACCGCCACCACCGCCGCCACCGUCAGCUGCCGCCUGCAACCCCGAGCCCACGCACUCGCCAAGCCGGCUGACGAGCGCUCCGGGCCGGCCACAGCAGCGUCACUGUCCGCUGCUCGUCUGGCGCUCUCCGGAGGACUACAUUUUAUAACGAGGAGCUGAAGGGCGGAGUCUGGUCUGUGCGAAGACAUCUGCUCCUCCAAAGACUGAGGCCGGGUCUACCUUUCCUACCUCCUCACCCGCCUCCUAUCUCCUCGCUCGAGUCCUAUCUCCUCACUCGUCUCCUCGCCUGUGACCUCUGAUCCAAAAUGGCAUCCAAGCUGAACCCAAACGUCCUGUACGUGGAAGGACAGGGCGAGUCUUUGGGGUCUCCUCAGGCUGAAUCCGAGCGCACUCAUAUCGGCGGAGAAGGAGCAGAGGAGUCCUCAGACAGCGAUGGAGAACAAGAGGAGACGUCUCACAAACUCAUCCGCAAAGUGUCCACGUCGGGACAGAUCCGAGCCAAGAAAAGCGUCAAAGAGGGAAUCCUGCUCAAACAGACCAGCUCGUUUCAGAGAUGGAAGAGGAGGUACUUCAAGCUGAGAGGACGCACGCUGUACUACGCCAAAGACUGCAAGUCGCUGAUUUUUGAUGAGGUGGAUCUGUCGGACGCCAGUGUGGCCGAAACCAGCACCAAGAACAUCAACAACAGCUUCACGGUGAUCACUCCAUUCCGUAAGUUGAUGCUGUGUGCGGAGAGCAGGAAAGAGAUGGAAGACUGGAUCAGUGCGCUCAAGUCUGUGCAGAAGUGGGAGACUUACGAGGCCAGUCAGUUUAACAUGGAGCACUUCAGUGGGAUGCAUAACUGGUACGCAUGCUCGCACGCCCGCCCCACCUUCUGUAACGUGUGCAGAGAGGCGCUGCCUGGAGUCACCUCCCACGGACUCUCCUGUGAAGUGUGUAAAUUCAAAGCUCAUAAACGUUGUGCCGUUCGCUCCACAAACAACUGCAAAUGGACCACGCUGGCCUCCAUAGGAAAUGACAUCAUCGAGGACGAGGAUGGGGUGUCCAUGCCUCAUCAGUGGUUGGAGGGGAACUUGCCAGUCAGUGCCAAAUGUUCCGUCUGCGAUCGAAACUGCGGUAGUGUGAGGAGGCUGCAGGACUGGCGCUGCCUCUGGUGUAAAGCCAUCGUUCAUAACAGCUGUAAGGAGCAGCUGGGGAAGGUGUGUCCUUUGGGUCAGUGCAGAGUGUCCAUCAUCCCCCCGACGGCCCUGAACAGCAUCGACUCAGACGGUUUUUGGAACGCCGCGUCUGCUUCCUGCUCCAGCCCGCUCCUGGUCCUCGUCAACUCCAAAAGUGGAGAUAAUCAGGGAGUCAAGUUCCUCCGAAAGUUCAAACAGCUCCUGAAUCCAGCGCAAGUGUUUGACCUCAUGAACGGAGGCCCAGAGCUCGGUCUUCGUUUGUUCCAGAAGUUUGUGACGUUCCGGAUCCUGGUUUGUGGAGGAGACGGGAGCGUGGGCUGGGUCCUGUCCGAGCUCGACAAACUCAAUCUCCACAAACAGUGCCAGUUGGGCGUGCUUCCUCUGGGCACGGGGAACGACUUGGCGCGGGUGCUUGGAUGGGGCGGUCUCUGUGACGACGACGCUCAACUGCUCCAGAUCCUCGAGAAACUGGAGAGAGCCACGACAAAGAUGCUGGACAGGUGGAGCGUUAUGACAUAUGAAGUUCUGUCCACCACCAAACUGCCGCCCAUCGUGAAGGAAGAAGACAUCCUCGACUCACCUCUGCAGGUUCAUAUCACUCAGUACGCAGACUCUGUGGCCUCUCAUCUCGCCAAGAUCCUGGACUCAGACAGACACAGCGAUGUCAUCUCCUCCGCCAAAUUUCUGUGUGGAACGGUGAACGAGUUUGUGGCGGAGGUGGGGAAGGCGUACGAGAGGGCCACGGAGAACAGAGAGGAGGCAGACGCCAUGGCCAAGAAGUGCGCUCUGCUGAACGAGAAGCUGGACUCUCUGGUCAAAGCUCUGAGCGAAGAGGCCGAGGCGCAGGUGGUCCCGGCUGGUUCAGGUCCAGGAGAGGAUGGAGGAGGGUCUGGACCAGGAGACGGAGAAGGAGACCCGGGAUCAGACGGAAAAACAUACAGGUCCAAAGAACAACUGAUGCUCCGAGCCAACAGUUUGAAGAAAGCCCUGAGACAGAUCAUCGAGCAGGCCGAGAAAGUGGUGGAUGAACAGAACCGUCACACGCAGGUCCAGAGGAUGUCGUCAUCUUCUUCUUUCAAAAGAGAAAACAGCGAAGAGCUCAAAGACGCAGAGCCACGUCAAGGGAAUCUGAGCCCCACCUCCCCCAUCCUCCUGGAGAAACAUGAGAGUCUGCACACAGCCAUGUACAAUGACCUCCCCGUACACUGUUCAGAAAAGUGCGUCAUGAAUAACUACUUUGGCAUCGGCCUUGACGCGAAAAUCUCCCUCGAAUUCAACAACAAGAGAGACGAGCACCCCAAGAAAUGCAGUAGUCGCACUAAAAACAUGAUGUGGUACGGUGUCCUGGGAACCAAAGAACUGGUCCAGAAAACCUACAAAAACCUGGAGCAGAGAGUUCAGCUGGAGUGUGAUGGCGUUCCCAUGUCUCUCCCCAGUCUGCAGGGCCUGGCUGUGCUCAAUAUCCCCAGUUACGCAGGAGGCAUCAACUUCUGGGGUGGAACCAAAGAAGAUAAUAAUUUUGGCGCUCCCUCGUUCGACGAUAAGAAGCUGGAGGUGGUGGCUGUCUUUGGGAGUAUGCAGAUGGCUGUCUCCAGGGUCAUUAACCUGCAGCAUCACAGAAUCGCUCAGUGUCGUCAGGUGAAGAUCUCCAUCCUGGGGGAGGAGGGGGUCCCAGUGCAGGUGGACGGAGAGGCCUGGAUCCAGCCUCCAGGAGUCCUCAAGAUCGUGCACAAGAACAGGGCUCAGAUGCUCACCAGAGACAGGGCGUUUGAGAGCACCCUGAAGUCGUGGGAGGAUAAGAUGAAGGUGGACCCGUACAGAGCGAUCCGUCCUCGUCUGAACUCACAGCAGUCGAUGGAGUACCUGACGGAGGAGGAGUGUGCACAGGUGCAACAGCUCGGGCUGGUGGCAGAGACGCUCAUCAACAAGAUCCGGGAAACUGCGAAGAGUCACAAACUGGUGGAACAGGAGCUGGCCCACGCCGUCAACGCUACUGCUCUGGUGCUAACUGAAGCCAAACUGUCCAGUCCUGAGUGUCUGAGCCGGAGCACAGCUGUGGAAAUUGUCAACAGCAGCAAAGUUCUUCAGGCUGAGACCAAGAUGCUCCUGGAGGGAAAAAUACUGUCUAAGUGUGCAGAGGAGGAGGAACUCAGGACCACUCUGAACUCUCUCAGUGCAGAACUCCACAAACUGGAUGACAUCCACUGGAUCUGCCCCCUCAUGCAGUGCAACGAAGAGGACUCUGUGCGCAGCAGUAAGAGCAGCAGCAGCAUGAAGCUAAAGAUGAUCCCCAAAGUGAAGAAGGAGAGAGAGAAACUGCACAAGCAAAAGUCCAACAGCUCCCUGUCAGGAACUUUGGAGGUCAAAUCUGGCGAGGAUUUCUCAGGCAACUGAAGAGGCUCCACUCCGAGCUGCUUUUAAACCAGAACCAGUGGCUUUGUGGAGCGCCCCCUGCUGUCCUCCUGCUGUCACUGCUCACAAUGCCAUCGGACCUUUGAGCAAGACACUGGAAGUUCAACCACUUCCACUUCUUUCAGUCCGCGGCGUUCAAAUCUCACAUUUUAAAAGUGCUUUCCGUUGCUGUAACUCAACAGGAUUUGAGAGAGCAAAUCUUCAAAUCGACGAACAAGAAGACGCAAGUUUACCUUUGCAUGUGGAAUCCGCCAUUUUGUUUAGACAUUUAAAGUGGUUUUAGUCUUUUAAUUUCUCAGUUUUAGCCUUAUUUAUUUUGCUGUUGCUACUGCCAUGAGAACUUUUACCUAACAACAGCGGUAUACGAACAAAUACAUCUCACGAACUUUGACCUAAGUGUUGCAAAAAAUAUAAACAACCAACGAAUGUAACUUGUAAUUUAUGUGAAUAGUCAUAAUAUUGUGAUUUUAAAAAGAUCGUAACGUUGUGCUAAACUAAAAGUGGUUCUUAAUAGACUGUGGUGUGAAAUGUACGCUGCGAAAAUCUGUAAUUUCAUGUUGACGUGAAAACAAAAGUGAUUCAUUAUUGUCAUAUUAGUAAACGGAUUAUACUUGAAAACAUUGGCGGAUUUAAAGGCCCUGUACCUGAGUUUUUUCCUUGUUUAUUUGAGCAAAAUGUGUGUUGCCCCAAUACAGACAUUUUGUAUAAGCAGCUUUUAGUUGGGAUGUGCUGAUUGAUUUUUAUUAAGCCGAUACGAUAUCUGAUAUUUGGCCUGCUGCCGUGGCUGAUAAUCGAUAUUUGCUGAUACUGAUAUUUAGCUUUUAAAAUCCACAGUAAGGCCCACAAAUGUAUCUUAAUUUAAAUUUUCACAAAAAUAAUAAAACAUAUUUAGUGGGAUUUAAAAUAUGUAAACAUACUUCCCAUAGACUGAAUACAGAAAUGGACAUAGCUAACUCAUUAGCCGCCACGUUCCAAAGAGGAACUGAGCAUGGGCGCGCUUCUGGCUCCAUCGACUCUGGCUUCAAUUCACUUUGCAUUGAAGAACCAUCGCCUUUGUCUUUGUAACUGCGAUUGUCAAACUCCUCAUUUUGAUUUUAAAAUGUUUGUCAAUCAAGUUUACAUGAUCCUGGUGUUUUUAUUUUGACAUUUUGUCCAUAACUUAAAUUCAUUCUUUUUUUUUUUCUGAGCCGAUAUUUGUCCUGCUGCUGUGACCGAUACAAUAUUUGUCUGUUAAAAUCCACAGUAACGUCCAGAAAUGUAUCUUAACUUGUAGUAAAGCUCACAAAUUAACAUUUCACUCUUGUAAAAACAAAAACAAAUGUAUGUAUCUGAAAUUUUAAAUAAUGAACCUAUAUAUCACUCUUCUUUUUCCAUUUUACUCAUUAGCCUGUUCACAAAGGACACACAAAAUAUCGGUAUUGAUUUGAUUUGAAUUUGGCCGAAACCUGAAUCGAUAUAUCACUCAUCCUUAGCUCUUAGUUUCAAAAUAAGCCAGCUGUUUACUGUCUGCAUCUAAAGCAUUUGUCUGAUAAUCAAGAAGUGUGUGUUAGCAUGCUAAUUAUGUUUAGCUUCACUGCAAAACUCCACUCCGGUCUCUAUAAGAGCUUUUCACAACUUUCAAACACAUCGUGGUGAAUAAUUAUGAUACUUUAAAUGCAUAAGGUCUGCGAGGAAUAACUUUGGACCACUGCAAAUGAACCAAUUUUUUUUUUCAUGUUUUUUAAGACGGUAAAAAAUCAGGUACAGCGCCUUUAACAUAUUAGUAAAAAUACUGUAUCUCUUAUGGAGGAUUUCUCAGUCUUUGCAAUGAUUGUAAUUCGAAUAUAUUUGAGUUUUUUGCCUUGUCUGUGGUUUAAAGCUAUUAUUAUUACUAAAGAUCUAUAUUUUUUGUAUUUCCCAAUGGUACUUCAUGGAGCUGAUUUUGCUGCUUCCCGUCAGACACUGUGCGUAAACAUAUGGACAUGUUUGUAAUGUAAAACCUGUGUCCCCGCAUGCUAACCUAGCUAACCUAGCCUAGCCUAGCCUAGCGUCUUUACUAUUACGAAGCCUCAAUAGUCUUCUAACCACUUUGCAGAGUAUUGAAUUCUAUUUGUUAGUAUGUACGUCUAAUUAUAAAUAGUGCAGGACUUAACCCAGGUACAAAGUUGGCAAAAAAGGGAAAUAAACUAAAGUGAAUACAUUUUAUCAGCGUUAAAGGGCCCAUAUUAUGCUAUUUUCUGAUCUAGUAUGUUCUAAUGUUUCCUCAUCACAAACAGACCUGGAGUUGUGUUUUGUUUCAUUCACAGGUGUUCCUGAAUUCUUCUCUCAAACAGAAAACACUCUGUUUCACCUUGUGAUGUCAUGUGGCGAUACAGGAAGUGCUCCACUGUGUUUUUAAAUCACAUACACCUUCACUAGAAUCGUUUGGGUAAUUUCAGUUUUCAAUCUCUACUGAACUAAAGGUUAAAGGAGAUGUUAACUUGAAAACUCCCUCUUCAUGACAUCAGAAGGUGGAACGAACAACUCCAGAUAUGUUUUUAAUGAUGUAACAACAUUAUAACAUGGCUUAAAGCUCACAAAAGUCAAUUUUGUGUAAUAUAGGACCUUUAAAAGUCUAUAUAAAUAUAUGCAAUUAUUACAAUUUUAGUUUUAGCUGCAUUGUUUGUAAUGAAAGGCUUGAAUAUCAUUUGCAAAUCUUCCAAAAUAAGAUAAUAUACAUUUUCAAAUUUGAUUAAAGUAUUCUGUAUUUAUUUAAAGGUGCACUAUGAAACUUUCCUGUAGGGGGGGUCAACUACCUUUCUGUCUCCAUGGAGAUUGUUUUGCCUGUAAUGUUCCAUGGUACAGUAUUUAUUCAAUCUAUGGUGUUUUUAUUGCAUUAAAAAACACUGAAAAACUCAUUGCUGUUACUGUGAGUGGGCUCGCCUCUCCACAGAUCUGACCUGUAACUGGGCCUCAUUGUGAUGUCAUUUAAUUGUCUCCGUGGAGAUCAAGAAAGUUUGAUGCUAUGGAAGGUCCAUGGAGAUGUUAAUACUUUGCCUGGAAUGUCCCACAGCACGGCAUUAAACGUAUCUUAUUUAUUCAGUUACGGGUGUUUUUAUCACUCAAAAAUCCUGCGGAACAUUCCAGGCCAAGCAGUAACUAUAAUCUCCAUGGCGACAAACACUGGGAAAGUUCCGUAGCGCGCCUUUAAGUGUCCAGUUUCACUUCCGCUCACUGAUAUGAAACGUUUUGAGUUUGUGGUGACUUCUUCUCUGAGCGCGUGUGCCCCCUGCUGACCAUUUCAAGCGUUUACGUCACGCCUUGCACUUUACAACUACGCAAACUCAAUGGGAAAAACCAUACUGUGUCAAAGAUCCUUUUAUUUUCCUUUUAUUGAGAAAAAGAUAUAUUUAUAUGUUAACAAACUAAAGUGUGGGUGUGAAAUGUAACAUAGUAAAAUUGUACAAAAUGUCAUUGAGAUGUCCUGAAGUUUAAGGCGUUGAAACUGUACGGCUGAUUUAAAGCUGCACGACGUAACUUUUCUAUGCGUGCUUGAUUCCAUGGAGGUGUUUUCACGUUUACUAAAAUGUCCCACAGUCUGGCAUUAACGCUAACUAUAUCUUACGUGUUCUUAUUGCCAAACCAAUGCAUUGAAAAACAUGCAUUCUUGCCAUCACUGCACUCGCCUCUCCACAGAUCUUACAUGUAAACACUUACCACUUGCCACACUUCGUCUGACUCCACAGAGACAGACGGGUUUAAUGCCUUGUUUUGGAAUGUUCCUGACAAAGCAGUAUCUCCAUGGUGCCACUUAGGAGCGAUCCUUCACCAGAAAAGUUCCGUAGUGCAGCUUUAAAACACACUUAAGAGUAUUUAAAAUGUUGUUCUAUGAGAGACGGGGCUAGAAAGAACAGACAGGAGCAGUGUAAAGGAAAUAUAUGUAAGAGUUUGAUUUUAAAUUUCAUAAACUGUGUUCCCAGAUACAUGUAAACAUGUUCUAAUGUGGAUUUACUCUUAAAUACAAAACAUUGGACUUAUAAUUUGAUGCGUGUAUCCUCUAGGUUGAAUGUGCACUGCUGUUUGUAACUUUUUGGUUGGGGGUCCGUCACCUGCUUGUUUCUAUGGAAAUGUCAUGCCUCUGCUCUACUUCACAUUUAUUCAAUUACAGGUGGUUUUAUAGCUCAAAAGUACCUAGAUAAAACACAAACUUUGACUGUGAGCGGGUUGCCUCUCCACAGAUCUGAUCUGUAACUUCUGGUCUGGUUUGGUCUCCAUGAAAAUAGCAAGGUUUAACAGCAUAUUUUGCAAAAGAAUAAGAAGAACGAGAUCCGCACUGCAGUUCUUUGAAGCGCCCAAAUUUUUAUUUCAAUUACACCACAAUGCGAUGUUUCAAGUCUGUCUGAAGAAGGACUUGACCUGAAAUGUCACAUUGUGGUGUCACUGAAAUAAAAAUUUGGGAGCUUCAAAUAACUGCAAAUGCGGAUCGCUUUCUUCCUCUUUUGUACAAUUUUUGUUUUUGGACCCAGCACGCAGUCGCAUUUUUAUUGAAUGUGCACGUCUCUAUCUACCAGUAUUAACACCAUACUGUGAAAUAUUCCAGACAAAGUAAUAACAUCUCCAUGGAGAAAAGCAUUUCACAGGCCCUCCACCGGAAAAGUUACACAAUGCACCUUUUACCCAAGUUCAGUUGUGAUUGUAGUAACUUUACUUAACUGUAAGAAACAAGAUGCGUACAGUUCCUUUAAUAGACUUAAGACUAAACCCAGUGUUUACAUGUCUCCUCCCACUACUCCAAAGUUCAAAUCUUUGCCAAAAAGACGGUCCCUUUCCCAAAUGUCUCAUAGAUUACAUUUUAAAACAAAUGCUGAACUGUGUGUGUUUUUAUAUAUAUAUAUAUAUUCUUCUUCUUCUUUAUUUGAACCAAUGUUAACUUAUUCAUUUGAUCUUGAGUGCUCUUACUUGUACAUUUUAAGUUGGAAAAACAAAAAAAAAAGUUGUUGCCUAAAAACUCUGUAGGGAGCAUUGGAAUAUUUUGUUUUUAUGAGUUGUUUAUUGUUGUUGUUUUGAUUUUGUUUGGUAUAUUUAUAUGAAGUGCUUUAAAGACUCCAUCAGUGCAACAAAGUAAAGUGUGACAAAAGCAGGUUUAGUUUUACAGUGCUGUCCCAUGUUAAAGGUGCACUGUGUAACUUUUCUGGUCUGCUUGUCUCUAUGGUCAUGUUAUUGCUUUGCCUGGGAUGUUCCACAGUAAGGCAUUAAACAAUCUAUAUCUUGUAUUUAUUCAGCUGUGUUUUGUUUUCUUUCUCAAAACUAUUACAAAAGCUUGUUAUUACCCAGUUCUCCACAGAUCUGACCUGUAAUGUGGCUUGCUUGUCUCCAUGGUGUUGUUAUUGCUUUGCCUGGUACAUUCCACAGUAUGGCAUUAAAUGGCAUGACAUUUAUGUAAUUACAGUUUUGUUUUUUUGUUUGGUU